AUGAAGCAAUCAGUCAUUCUGGUAUUGGGCUUGAAGAUUGGAAAAGAUGUUAUACAAUACCAGGUGUCUCAAGCUGAGCUGUCUCAAAGCAGCACGCACGUAAUGAUCGUACACGUCGGAGAGAUCGCUCAUGAACACGCGUUAGAUUACAACGUCGAGCGCUAUCCAACAUUAGUGUGGUUCCACGGAGGCGAUUUCGCCAGGGGCAGUCCAAACAACAUCAACCCGUUCCAAUUGGUUUUGAAUCAAAAGGUCAUAUUUGUGUCAGUGGCCUAUCGACUAAACAUCUUCGGUUUCUUCUCGUCAUUAGAUAACGAGGCUCCCGGAAACUUCGGUCUUCUUGACCAAACAGCAGCCUUGACUUGGGUUAAAAAUAAUAUAGCCAGCUUCGGAGGUGAUCCAGACAAUGUAUGCAUUUUCGGUCAUGACGCUGGUUCUGUGAGCGUUGGUUUUCAUCUCUUAUCACCAUAUUCAGCAGGAUUAUUUCAGAAAGCUAUAGCUAUGAGUGGUAACGUACUAUCACCAGAUAAAGUGAACGUAGCCAGAAAAGAAGUCAUUACUGUAAACAAAGUGGCCAGAGCAUUUGGUUGCUUCAGAGAGCCUACAAGUGCCUUACUUGGCUGUUUAAGGAGAGUACCGUUUAAAGCCCUAUUAAAUAUAGGAGAACCAUUAGCACAAUGGAAACCUAUAGUAGACAAUGGUUUUAGUAACGUUUCGGGUCCUGUCCUUUCUGACUUUCCUAGUAAAUUGUUCGAAGACGAAAUGUUUUCACCUGUACCGGUUUUAACUGGUUUUACUGAUAUGGAAGAUGCAUUAUUCCUUGAAAAAAACGGCAGUGAUUCCGGCGUUAGUCAAAGAGAGUUUGACGUUAUGCGGGAAGAGAUCAUACUUGCAGACAUAACAGUUGAUAAUAGUUCCUGCUUCACCAACCAACAUCACAUACAAGAUGCCGUGGCAUUUUUCUAUAAGCCUAUACCACCCACGUCAAAUGAAACGGUCCUAAGAAAGCUAUAUCUAGAAUUUUACACUGACAAAUUACAUGCGGCUGCAACCUAUCAGCUUGCGAAGCAUAUUAGUAAACAUACUUCAGUUUAUUUGUACAGAUUUGAUUUGAAGCCAUUCUCAGAAGUGGUCAACGAAGGUAUUUCCGACUGGAUUGGUGUUCCGCACAAUUUCGAUUUGAUUUUUACAUUUGGAUUACCAUACUUGGCAUUGCCGGAAGAUUUAGAUAAGUGGGAUCGCAGAGAUAAGCGCAUCUCCGAUAUAGUAAUGAAAAUGUGGUCCAAUUUCGCUUGGUAUUCAAACCCAACGAAUUCCGGGGUGAUUAUUAAUUGGGAGCCUUUCGAAAUUGAGAAGCCCGGGUUCUUAAUAAUAGAUCGACAGAAUUUUAGCAUGAGUACCGCAGCGACAGUGAAUUACAAAGCACUCGAAUUUUGGACCGAUUUCUAUCCGAAAGUUGUUGAAAUUGGCACGAAAUGCUGUAAAGAAUCUUUUGAAGAUAAUGGCGUUGGUCCAACGAUCGAGAUACGGGCUCGUUACAUGCCCUUUUUACUUACUUAUGUAAUUAUUUUAUUCUCAUAAGAAAGAUCUUGUGUAUUAAAAUUUAUUUUUGUAUACCU